AGUCAACACAUAACCUCAACUUUUCAAUUUAUUUUCAUGUAUUUACACUUUUUUUACAUAAAAAUGGAAUUUAAUGAUGAUUACGAGCAUUGCAUCGAAGAAGUAUUGUAUUUUCCCAGAAACGUUCCAACUAAAGAAGCAGAAAAUCUAUAUCAUAACCUUCUAGAAGGUUGCAUUUGCCUUGAUAAUUGCACAAAAGAAACUUGUCUAUGUAUCGAAAAAAGCGGAACUGCAUACAAAUUUGAAGAUAUCGCGAACUUAGAAACCUAUAAAAUCGAAGAAAAAGAAUCAGAAGCACCGACGUACGAAUGUAGCAGCCAAUGUAAGUGUUGCGAAAAAUUAUGUGGAAAUAAAUUAGUGCAAUACGGACCUCGACUAGGUUUAGAAGUUAAAUUGUGUAUAAACAUUAAAAAAGGAUUCGGUUUAUUCACUAGAAAGAAAUUAUAUAAAGGAAAUUUCAUAUGCGAAUAUGCCGGUGAAAUAUUAACCAAUCAAGAUGCGAUAAAAAGAUUUCAAAUUUAUAAAAAUUCAGGUAAAAUGAACUAUAUUUUUUGUAUAAACGAAAAAUUCGGUACAGAAACUUUAAGAACUUUCAUAGAUCCUACAGUUUACGGUAAUAUCGGCAGAUACAUUAACCACAGCUGCUGUCCAAAUUCGAAAUUAGUUGUUAUUAGAGAAGACAGUACAAUGCCUGUUUUAGCAGUUUUUUCUAAAGGUGAUAUAGAAAUUGGGAGUGAAAUAACUUAUGAUUAUGGCGAUGAUUCAUCUGGAAAUGAAGAGGAUGAUAGAAAACUUUGCUUUUGUGGGGAAAAAGCUUGUAGAAAAUAUUUACCCUAUGAUCAAAGUUUAAAAUAGAUUAAUUAUUGUGGAGAGGUGAAACUUUUGGUGGAGAUAAUGUUAAAAAAAAGGUUUUUGUUGCAAAAAUAUACUGGAAAGUUGUUAAACUAUUAAAAUUUCCUUAAAACUGUGAGAGCUGAUAUGAUGUUAAAAAGGGUAUAGAAAAUUAUUUCCAAUUUUGUAUUUAGAUGCCUUGGUUCACAAACCUUCAAUCACUUAAUUAUGAAGAUUUUCUAACUUCAAUAUCUAAUAAAUAACUUAAAAAUACCAAGAACUUUUUGGAUUCACUUAUUACCUUAAGAUUACAAAUAAAAUUAACCACCAAAUGGACAACUGAUAUUUUCAAAUUCAAUUUGAUUUUAAAAUAGGAAUGAUUUUAUUAUCUCUUCAAAAAACCUUCUUUUGUGACUUACAAGGUUUGUGAAUUAAGGCAAAUUUUAAUAAAAUAAAAAAAAUAAGUGGUUUUUUAUUUAAUGCAGACACAACCCAAGAUCAUAAAACUAUUCAGUCAACUUUCCACUGUGUAAUUGUGGAGAAACCCCCUGAAUCCUAGGAUGCUAGAAAGCCUUGUUUUUGUGGAAAAAAAAAAGGAUUGUUGAAAAUUUCCAGCAUAUCAAUGAUGUUCAUGAGAAGUGACAUAUGUUUUGAAGAAAAUCACUUUUUAAAUUCCAUCAACAGAUCAUUGGAGUUUUAGAUCACAGAUAUGAAUAUUUUCCAAUUUUAUUGGCUUUGGGAAAUUAUUGUACAGCAGUACUUUGAGGAAAUAUCCUACUAUUUGUUCUCAACUGAUUUGAAGAGAACAUUUUAUGAGUUUUUUGCAAAUAUGUAAUUUUCUGUUACAUUAACUAUUAUUUCAAGAAAGCUGACACAAUACAAAAGUUUUAAGUCGUUUGAUAAUUUAACUAAUAUUAAGAAAAAACUGACCUAACUCAAAGUCGCUAUACUGAUUAAAACAACCAAUUUGUUACGCUUACCUUAUCGUUAAAAACGUCACAACUAAAAAUAUGACAUUUUUUUUGAUAAAUUAGUCUUACAUAAUUCCGACGCUUUUUGAGUUGUGUCGUUUUUCGUGAAAUAAGUCGAUAUCUCCUCAAGCGUGUUUACAAUGGUUUUCUAAAUAGGCAAUAAAAUUCAUUUUCCAGAAAAAAUAUAUAGACAUUGUAGUUAAAAAACUUAGAAUUUUGAAUUAUGUCACUUUUCUCGAAAAAGUAUCAUCAAGUAUGCAAGAGCUCCUUCACAGGACAAUCAAACACAGUGACUAUGGAUGAAAACGUUAAAAAGAUCCAUCAUUUAGUGUUUGAUGAAUAGUGACACCGCUCAAAAAUAUAGAUUUUCGAGGACAUUCAUUUUAAAGUUUCUUGUUUACUGUAUUUUUUUAAAUAAACAUCACCUUGUAUUCAAACAAUAAGUUUACUUUGAUAACAUUCAAAACAUACUAUAUUUGCAUCCCUCUUUUGAGUUACGACGAUAUUCCAGAAAAGUAUAUUUAACACAAAUUUAUAAUUUUUUCAACAAUAACAUCCUAAUUUGACUUGUGUCACUAUUGAAAAUAAUGUUUAAGUAUAUUUCACUGAUUCUUAAUGACUUUUUCAACAAUAACGUCCUAAUUUGACUUGUAUCACUGUUGAAAAUAAUGUUCUUAGUUUAUUUUUAAUAAAACUGGCAUGUUUGUACACAAGAAUGGUGACCUAACUCAAAAACAUUUUCGA